AUGACGACUACCGCGACCAUAAUUGUUGACGACCCGCUCAAGCUACGCAGUGUAGCUGAACGUCCAGACAAACAGCAGACAUCGAAUGCCCUCCAGUUGCUGGCAUCCGGUGGUAUCCCUUGCGAAGGAAUCCCAAUUAUUGAAGAUACUUGGACAAGGCGCCAAUGGAUGCUCGAGCAUAUGGCAGGUGCGUUCAGGGUUUUCGCGCGCAAAGGUUUUACUGAAGGUACUGCUGGUCAUAUCUCUCUGAGAGACCCGGUCCAACCUGAUACGUUCUGGAUCAAUCCCUUGGGUGUCCAUUUUGGCAUGCUCAAAGCAAGUGAUAUGGUCCAGAUCAACGAAGAAGGUCAAGUUGUGGGAGGCAACAGAGUUGCAGUCAAUGCAGCUGGCUUCGCGAUCCAUUCGGCCAUACACAGGGCACGACCCGACGUCAACGCGGCCUGCCAUUGCCAUUCUCCAGCAGGAAAGGCAUGGUCUGCGUUCGGAAAGCGGCUCGAAAUAAUAAAUCAGGAUUCGUGUCUGCUUUGGAAUAACCAGGAGGUGUACGAACAAUUUGGCGGAGUGGUACUGGCCAAGGAAGAGAGUGUCAGAAUCGCCGAGGCUCUCGGUCCUCAGAGCAGAACUAUGAUAUUGCAGAACCACGGACUGCUGACGUGCGGAUCCACCGUUGACGAAGCCGCAUACCUGUUUACCAUGAUGGAAAAGACGUGCGAGGUUCAGAUCAUGGCUGACGCUGCUGGACACGAAAAGAAAAUUAUUGGGGAGGAGGAAGCACGGUUUACACACGAGGUCAACGCGGAUCCGGUUACCUUGUAUACCGAAUUCCAGCCUGACUUUGAGUUUGAGGUGUGGAAGUCCAGAGGCGAGCUCACGAACGGCUUGUAG